UGUGAAAAUGUUCAGUGGGUGUGCGAUUGUUUGGUUGUGUAGGAAUAAGGAGCAAAAGCAAUAAUGGAUCGAGCACAGAUGGUGCUGGUGGGAUUACCGCUCUUCCUCUUCUUCACCGACCUCAUUCAUCUCUUCACUCCCCCACCACCACCACCACCACCUCCUCCACCUCAUCACCACCACCACCACCAUCACAAACAGCCCCCUCAAACCCUAGACUUCCCAUCUCAGAAAGCAGUAGAUAUUGGAGGAAUCGGGUUCGGCAAUACGGUCAAGAUUGAUUUCUGUUCGUCUUGUUCCUAUAAAGGGACAGCCAUAACCAUGAACAAGAUGUUGGAGACUGCAUUUCCUGGAGUUGAAGUGGUUCUUGCAAAUUAUCCACCGUCCUUUCCAAAGCGAUUGCUAAGCAAGUUGGUUCCUGUUGUUCAAAUUGGAGUCAUGGGUAUUGUUAUUGCGGGUGAACAAAUAUUUCCAAUGCUGGGAUUUGUGGCGCCGCCUCCUUGGUACUAUUCUUUGCGAGCAAAUAAAUUUGGGACCAUUGCAACCAGUUGGCUUCUUGGGAAUGUUGUGCAAAACUUCCUCCAAAGCACUGGAGCUUUUGAAGUGUACCUCAAUGAUGAGUUGAUUUUCUCUAAACUAAAGGAGGGUAGGUUUCCAAGUGAGAUUGAACUGAAAUCGAUUGUUGGAAAGAAGCUGGCCAAUUCAAGAAUCACAGAUAGCAUGGUCAUUGGAGGAAUCACAGAUGGCCUUAACAUUGGAGAAUUAUGAUCCUACUUCACUUGUUGGGUUUAGAAGGUUAUGUGAAUGUAGAUGGCAAGUGAGUCUUAAGUUGUAUUAAAAAUUUAGAGGUCACGUGAAUGGCAGAUGCCAAGUUAUUCUGGUGGUUGUUUUGAAAAUUUGAUGACGAACUGAAGGUGCAACAUAUUAUUAGAAACAUAAAUAGAAACUUAGAUUUACUUUUUUUGUA